AUGUUUGCUGAUGAUUUGACCCUUAUCACCAAAGCUUCUAAGCAAUCCGCUAGAAAUGUCCUUUUUUGCUUAAAUCUUUAUUCGGAUAUUAUUGGCCAACGCCCAAACCUCACCAAAUCUGUGAUUUACUUGCUGACUUGGUUUAACAAUAGAGUUUCUAAGUCCAUUUCGUCUCUUUUGGGUAUGUACCUGGGCUCCUUCCCUUUCACUUACCUUGGGGCCCCCAUCUUCCCUCUUCAUCUUCCUGCUAGUCAUUUCAAUUUCCUUCCAAAGCGAGCCCAAACUAAGAUCAAAAGGCUUGGAGCCACUCCCCUCACUCCCAAGCAGGUUGAGUGCUCCUCCUUAAUAGUAGUUUUUUCUCGAUUUCAACCUACCACCUCUUUGUUUUUUUCCUUCCAGAUUCUAUCCUUGACUCCUUUUCAAAGCUGGCUUGUAGCUUUCUCUGGGGAUAGGAACAAUAAUGCUGGAGGUUUCCACUUAAUUGCCUGGAAAACUUCUACCCUUAGCAAAUCUGAUGGGGGUUUGGGCCUUCAAAAUCUUAGGAAUGUUCGGUGUGCUCUAUUGGCCAAACAGAUCUUUGCCUUGAUCGAUCAUGAAAAUAAAUUCUGGGUCCAUAUUUUCCACAAAAAAUACCCAAAUUGGUCUCUUUGGGAUAGAAAUUGCACUUCCAACGCCUCUUGGUUUUACAACUCCAUCUGCAAAGUAGCUGAUAUUCUAAAACCAAACUUGAAGAUUUCUGUCUUUAAUCCAAACAUUACCAAUUUUUUCAAUGAUCCUUGGCUUCUGGAUCUGCCACUGAGUCACAAACCCACUUACUUCAACAUGAAUAUGGUGGAUAACUGCUCUUUUACUCAGAUCAUAUCUGAAAACUCUUUUGAUCUUAAUGCUUGCACUGAACUCUUUGGCAAUAAUCUUGAUUUUGACGGCAUUAGCAUCAUUUCUCAUGAAGCUCUUGAAAAUAAUGAUUGGAUAUGGUGGCCAACUCCUACUAGGGGUAGGCUUGUUGCUACUAUCUAUGACCAUCUAAACUCUUUUGAGGAAUCUGUUAAUCAUUGGAGAGGUUGGCGCAAUAUCUGGGGGCUUAUUUCCACUCCUCGAAUCAAAAUGUUCAUUUAG